AAGUGUUGUAGUAUCUUGACCCUAACAGGUGGGAAGAUGUCUUCUUCUUUCAGAGCGGUGAAACGCCGUUUUUCGGCUCUUUGUCCGGUUGGUUUCACGUCACAGCUGGGGAGGAAUCACCCGGUGGGAGGACGGAGGUUGUCACGCGCACAGACAGACUUUAUUAAACUCUGGGCUCUCACGUUAACGGACUACUUCAACUUUUAUUACUUUAUCAAGUUAAUGACCUGCAGACUGACAGGAGAACAGCUCCGGCCACUGGAGGGCCUCACAGUCCUGGACCUGACACGAGUUCUGGCUGGGCCCUUCGCCACCAUGAUCCUGGGAGACCUGGGGGCCCAGGUCAUCAAGGUGGAGAGACCUGGUGCAGGUGAUGACACCAGAGCCUGGGGUCCUCCGUUUGUCGGAGCAGAGAGCGCAUAUUUCCUCAGCGUCAACCGCAACAAAAAAAGUAUCUGUGUGGACCUGAAGCAUCCCAGAGGAGCCAGCAUCAUCCAGGAGCUUGCAGGAGUGUGUGACGUGCUGGUAGAAAACUACCUCCCAGGGAAACUCCAUCAGAUGGGUUUAGGAUACGAUCAGCUGAGCAGAGUGAACCCCCGACUCAUCUACUGCUCCAUAUCAGGUUAUGGACAGACCGGUCCUCAGUCCCAGAGUCCAGGCUAUGACUCCAUCGCCUCGGCUGUGUCGGGCAUGAUGCACAUCACCGGGCCAGAGGACGGGGAGCCGGUGCGUCCGGGCGUUGCCAUGACGGACCUGGCGACGGGGCUGUAUGCACACGGAGCCAUCAUGGCCGCCCUGCUGCAGCUGCACCGGACGGGGAGGGGAGUUCAUAUCGACUGCAACCUGCUGUCUUCACAGGUGUCCUGUCUCACUCAUAUUGCUGCUAACUAUCUGAACUCAGGGAAGGAGGCGAAGCGUUGGGGGACGGCCCACGAGAGCAUCGUACCUUAUCAGCCUCUCUGGGUCUCGGUUCGCGGUCUCGGCGAGUCCUCCUCAUGUGGGUCCUCUUGGACACGCUGGAUGUCUCCGGUUGUUUUUGGGAGCUUUGAGCCGAUGUCUCCGAGGAGGAGAUGA